AUGGAGUGCUUUUCUGACCAGUUCAUGGAGUUCAAUCCAAUCCAUGGAAGAAAUGUGCAGCUGGAUCACUCAGGAACCCAGGCAACUCGGGUGGAGAGCUUUGCUAAUGGGGUGUGUUUCAGCAAAAACUCCCUGAAACCGGGGGAGAUUUUUCUCGUAGAAAUUGAGGAGAAAGAGCUGGGCUGGUGUGGCCACCUCCGAGUCGGCUUGACCUCCAAGGACCCCAGAAGCUUAGAGGAGGUGCCGGAGUAUUCCAUCCCAGACCUGACAGAUCUGGGCGACAGCUGGAUAUUUGCCAUCACUCGCAACCACAACAAGGUCAUAGAGGAGGUGAAUGCAGAACCAGGUGGCCAAGAGGCUGGAGAAGUAGCACUUGCUGGAGGACAGAGGCUCGGGAGUGGGGAAGAUGAAGAUGGAGGAGAAAGUAAUAACAGCAGACCAAAGGCUUUCUUUACUGACACUCACUUGUAUAUUGAUAAUUUUCGGAUCCCCAGAGACAAGCUGGUGGGCCGCAGUCGGCCUGGACGCUUCAGCCACAUUCUGGAUGACUUGUAUAAGUCAAACACACUACCUCCCACUGCCAGACGCAGCCGAAUAGGAGUACUGUAUGUGCCUAAAGGGCAAGAACUUGCUGACAUGCACAUUGUAAUCAAUGGUGAAGACAUGGGAGCCUCUGCAAAGGGGAUCCCCACCAUCCAGCCUCUGUAUGCUGUAGUGGAUGUGUUUGCUGCAACAAAGCGUGUCAGAAUUGUCCAGGUGGAGUACGGAUUCUGCUCAUUGCAGACAUUGUGCAGAAAAGUAAUCCAGAAACACAUCGUCCACAGGAUGGCCAUUGACUGGCUGGCACUGCCAGAGGCACUAAAGCACUACUGCAAGUACGAGUGAAGAAUAUAUACCUGCAAUGGACAGAAACAUCAUCGUCAAACUUUCCUACCAAGACGAGGAUAUUUAUUAUUG